GUCAAGCUCCGUAGUACUGCGAUCACUGUGACCUGAACCUAUGUUCCUAAUAAUGAUGUCUACGCCCCCAUCUUAAUCUGCUCCCGGCUCAUAUAUAAGAUAAAAAGCUCACGAUGUACAUUCUGCAGAACCCUUUUCACAUCUCGAACGAAUGGUGACAGAGACGGAGCAUUUGACCAAUGCUUUCGCAGCAGGGAGAAGUCUGCAGAUCCUCGCGGUGCGUCUUUUUCUCGUCAAUACGAGGAUCGUUGAUGAUAAAAUGAAAUACAUGUAUCAUCAGUACAUCUACACGUCGAUGGCUACAUUCUGGGCCUACGAAUAUGUUUGUUCACUGCAACAAGAGUGGACGUUCCUGCAUCGAUCGCGUUGGACCAAGGUAAAAGGCCUCUAUAUCCUUACACGAUAUGUUCCAUUUCUACUCCUCACCACGAAUCUAUAUACGUGCCUCGUCCCAUAUAAUAAUCCAGGUAAAUGUCGGACGUGGGUCAACAUCUGCUCAGGUUUUAGCAUAAUAUUAGGCAUUUGCUCCCAAAGCUUUUUUAUCCUCAGAACGUGCGCGCUAUGGAACAACAAUAGAAUCUUGGUCGUAUUCAUGCUGCUUUUGUCGCAUCAUCCAUCAGCAUUUCCUUUGCUGCUACUGCCACAGCACCAUGUACGCGCUUUCAUAGACACCUUGCUUAUCAUUACCAUUCACCCCACUUUCACAGUUGCAACCAGCCAUAUUCCAGGCAUCACAGGCUGCUACCAAGUUAUGAGCAGUGUCUCACUCUUCAUACCGUUUCUUCUUUACUUUGCGCUUGCACUGGGACUCAUGGCCCUCACACUCAUACGCGCCAUCAAGAGCUGGCAGACGACCAACGGCCAUCUCUAUGUUGUCCUGCUGAAGCACAACAUAUCCUACUAUGCAUGUGGUCUUUUGUUCUCGGUGACGAACAUCUUCACAUCGCUGCUCCUCCAUUACGCAUACCACGCCAUGUUGCAUGACCUCCAGUUUAUUGUUCUUGCAAUCCUCGCCACAAGCAUGCACCGCCAUCUCUGGCAAAUGGACCUGCAUACACACGUGUCUGACGCCAAUGUGCGUUUUCUUUUGUCCGAAUUUUCAACCGCAGAUCGUAUGGCGGAACAUUUUAUUCCAUGGGGCGAACUUUGAGCUGCACGAUGACUGGUGGGGGUUAACUAGAUCGGUUCCGGGAUACGUUCAACUUAUAGGAAUAUAUUUUCUGUCGUGGAAUGUAUUUGGGCGGCUUUGGUAUUUUCAAUACCGAUAGGUGUCAGGCUUCCUCUGCAAGCAAUGGCGAAUCAGUAGAUACCGAUCAGUACUAGUAUUUGAUUGUACUAGUUUAAUCAGAAGUAGGGCCUGACGACGAUGAGAAUCAAUGCAUUGAAUAUGA